AUGGUGACGCGCUGCAAAAAGGUCAACGUGGACAUUUACGUUGAUGCGGUGAUCAACCAUGUUGGUGGAGGAAGUGGAGUGGGGAUCGCUGGAAGUCCGUACGGCCAUCGCACCACUGCCAUCUAUGCGCAGGAGGAUUUUCAUCACAAACCAGGAGACUUGAGUGCAGGCUGCAGCAUCACUAGUUACUACGACAAAUACCAGGUCCAGUACUGUGAUUUGGAGGGUCUUCCAGACCUGUGCACCAGCUGCCCCCGCGUCCAGACCCUGGUGUCGCAGUACAUGACCAAUUUGCUGCAGAUGGGAGUAGCAGGUUUCCGCAUCGAUGCUGCCAAGCACCAGGAUGCAGGUGAGCUGAAGCAGCUCUUAGAAAAGGUCCAGGGUGGCAUCCCUUGGCUCUUCGGCGAAGUCAUCUACGGCGCCGGCGAAGCAGUGACGCCAGAGAUGUAUACCGACCUGGGUUUGGUGACCGAAUUCCGCUAUGCGGGGCAGCUGGCGCCCAACAUUUUGGCCGAAGGCAAGUUGCAGUAUUUGAAGACCUUCGGCGAAUCCUGGGGGUUCCUACCCGGUGGCAGUGCAGUGGUUUUCAUGGACAAUCAUGACACGCAACGCGGUGGUGCUUGUGGUGCUAACCUCACCUACAAAAAUGGCGCCCUUUAUACCUUAGCGAAUGUUUUUAUGUUGGCUCAUCCCUAUGGCUAUCCCAAGGUCAUGAGUUCUUACAACUUCGAUGCCCACGACCAAGGGCCCCCAGACGUUCCGGUGCAUGGCAGCGGCCUUGCUUGCUUUCAUGGAUCCUGGGUCUGUGAGCAUCGCUAUCCGGAGAUUGCCAAUAUGGUGGCCUGGAGGCAAGCCGCUGGCACGGGAGCUCCGGAAGUCUUUCAGUCCUCGGAGGAUGGGAAUGGCGCCUUCUUCUGCCGUAGCUCUUCCGCCUGUGUGGCGUUGAAUCGUGGCAGUGGCAACUGGUCGGUUAAAGUGAAAACCACCCUUCCUGCAGGGCAAUACUAUGACGUGCUGCGGGACAUCAACGUUUCGUCAUGUCCAUUCGUCCGGGUUGCGGUCGAUGGCACCGCAGAACUGUUGGUGCCGUCGACCAGUGCCGUAGCUUUUCACGUCAACGCGCGUUCGACCCCGAGAGCACGGCUGCUUGACGACCGGGAUCAAAGGAGUGAAAAGGGAGAGCUUCCGGGCUUCGUUGAACGUCGGGGGUAA